CACAAGAGGCGAAGCUCUGUUUUGUUAUGGGUAACAGUCAGUAGAUGGCGCUGCGGAGCCACGGCCGCCAUUAGGGACUGAAAGCACAACUGUGAAGAUGUGCAAAGUGGUCGAAACGCAGCAGUGUUCUGCAAUAAAUUGCAAAAAUUAUCAGUCCACCAGAAGCGAUUUGGCAUUUCAUCGGUUUCCAAAGGAUGCACAAAGGUGUGCCAGGUGGGUCCAGAAUCUAAGGAAUGCAUCCCUUCAUGGCAUACCUUUGGAUCAGCUGCAUUGGACCUACAGGGUGUGCAGUGCCCAUUUCCACAGCAGCCAGUUCAAAAGACCAUCUGAUGUCCAUGGUGGGCUGAACUGCGAUGCUGUGCCCACAAGAAUACAGGCCCCUAACCCACCUCCCCCACUAGAUGUCGAGAGGAAGCGUAAACCUCCGAAGACACGCCAGGAGUUGCCACGUAAAAAACGCAAGCAGAGUAAAGUUCCUCCUCCCUCCAAAGACCAGCAUACCGGGGAAGCUGUAGCGGGGCCUUCAUCACGGGCGCACUACACUGAGGAACCUGUAGCGGGGCCUUCAUCAAUCAGUUAUUGUUCAUUUUUAGAAAUCUAUACAAAACUUGAACUGGCUAGUAGCUGACUAAUGCUUCCAUUCUAUGUCAGUGCCUCUUCUCUCACAAAAAGAAAAAAAUACAACAAAACUUAAAUGCUCACACAAUAGAUGGUGGUGUCUGAUUAAUUACUGAGAUCUUAUGGCUCCAUUUUAGUACUGUUUAUAGUUCAUGUGUGCACUUGCUAGAUUGCACAUCUUUUUUGUACCUUUCCGCCUGUAAUAGGACAUUCACAGAUUGUUUUUGUUCUUGCCAUUGAAACGUUCACUGUGUGCACUUUCAAUGAAGAUGUUGAAAAAACUUGUUAAUAUUUUUGUGAUAUUCUAUGUAAAAGAUUAACUCGUAAGAAAUGUUCAUUUAUAAUUUUAUUUAUUUAUUUUUCCAAAUCAUAUAUGGUGAUGUUCAAUCAUUUCAAAAUCAACAUUUGAAUAAAUGUUAUUACUGUG